UAUUAGCGCUGUUGUAUGAUAGUAAUUGUUGCUGUUGUGUUGCAGGGUCGAUGUAACCGGGAGAAGCCGCCCUGCAAGUACUUCCACCCACCACAACAUCUCAAGGACCAGCUGCUCAUCAACGGUCGUAACCACCUGGCCCUCAAGAACGCAAUCAUGACUCAGAUUCAGGGACUCGGCCCGGGCACCCCCGUCGUUCCAGGAACCAUACCCAUCAUUCAACAGCACUAUUACCCUUGCCAACACCCGUCAGCUCACAGUAGGCAACAGGAACAGAGAACGUCCGCCCAUUACAGCCUUUACAACACCGCAAUUUCUCCAGAAAACGUACCCAUAAUGUUCCCACACAACUCCGCGCCCUACCUGGCUGGGAUCCCCGCCAUGAGUAACUUCAACCCCUACAUUGCCUCCUCGCCGGUCAUGACUAUGGGCAUGACGGACGGCGCCGUGGCCUCGCCUAUCAACGCCGUCGUAUCCCAGCAGGUGGUUCCCGCCCAGAAGGUGCCUAGGACUGACCGGCUAGAGUUCCUCUGAAGCUGGACGGGAACCAAGACUGCACCAGGCAAGAUAUUUUCACCCCUUUGGAUGGCCACACAGACAUUGCAACAGGUGGUAUUGAUGAACCUAGACAUAGUUCACCAAGGAAACCUGUUGUAAAUCUGUCCAGGUUCCAGAGGGUUUCCGAUUCUACUGGUUGGUACUGAUGGCUCAAAUCCCUAUAUUUGUUGAGCUUAGAUUCUUCCAUGGGAUCAUCAUAAUUUAUUAAACACACAAAUUGAUAUAGAUAUCCGGCAGUGGAUACGCAAGUAACGUUCAACACCAGUUUUCUGCCAAUCUUUCAGGGAUAGUGAUCCCACCAGGGCGGUUAUAGGAUUUACAGAGAUUUCGAUGUACUAGGAAUCAGCAUCCUCCACUGUCUGGGCAAUCAGCUGUAGCGAGGCUUCUCUUGAUAACGUCGACUUCAUUAUGUCUUUCUUGCCAACCCUAGGGAAUGACAGUUUAAACCAUAUAGAGCGUAUGGGUCACCUUUGAUGUGGUUAAAGGCACCGAGGAAAGCC